AUGCCCUGUUCUUUUAAGCUAGAUACAAGGGAUUCUGAUACUUCUAGACAGUCUAGUUAUGAACAAGUUUUGUUUGAGUUAAAAGGCAACCAAGAGAAAACACGCAGACAUGUAGGAGUAUGUGGUGACAAGUUUGGUUCAUCCUGUAUUUCGAAAGAGAAUAUUUCAAAUAUUAAAACAACACUGAUAUUGGAUAUCGAGACCAGUUCAGAGUAUGAAAAGCCACUAAUUACCCAAGAGAGACCAUGCAAACGUGUAAAGACACUUGGUGGUAAAUCUUGUUCAGCUUCUACUUCCAAUAGAAAGACAAGUAUUACAUUGAUAUCGGAUAUCGAGACCAGUUCAGAGGAUGAAAAGCCACCAAUUACCCAAGAGAGACCAUGCAAACGUGUAAGGACACGUGGUGGUAAAUCUUGUUCAGCUUCUACUUCCAAUAGAAAGACAAUAAGUAUUGAAGAAGAAUUAACAGACAUCACUGGAACCACUUCAGAACAUGAAAAUCUCUCAAAAAGAUCUGAAAAUGAAAACUUACCCAUAUCAGAUGAACAACUACUACAAAUUCUUGAAGACCCUGAUGAGAAUUAUGACGACGAUAUUUUUGAUGCUGAUUUCAUUGAGAACAUGAAUCAUUCUGACAAUGAUAGCGACACAUCAAUUGUAAGUGAAGACGAAUUAGUCCCAAGAAAUACUGAGGAAGAUCAAGAAUGGUCAAAUCACUAUAGACAGACUAGAAGAAUUAAUUUUGAAGGAAAUCCUGUAGGAUUAAAAAUUCAACCUGAGGGUUCAGAACCAAUUGAUUAUUUUAAUCUUGUAGUGACAAAUGAAUGUCUUCAAAUGAUUGUUGAAAAAAGCAAUGAGAAUGCGUCUCAGAUAUUAGCGCAAAAUUUUCCUGGAACAGCAGUAUCAUACGCAGCGUCACUGCCACUCGCUCUGCUGGUAGAGCUGCCAGUAAUGCGACUUCACCGUGAACUGACGCGGUUACGACAUACCAACAAGACUAGUCAGACGACCCAGCAGCCACCGUCAUCCCAUAAAGUGGACAAGACUGAAAUGUGA